UCUCGGUCGGUUAAAUAAAAUCUAGAAGAAGAAAGACAACAACAGCUGGUCAGCCAUCUCCGUAGCUUGCUAACCAACAUAGCGGAACCGUCCCAUCUCUUUAGACGCUUUCUGGUAUAUGAGCCACUCUGUUUUGAACACAUUUCUGUCGUUUAGCUAAUUAUCUCAUUUAAUUUCCUAUUCACCUUGUUAUUAGUCAGCUAGCUGGCUUGUUAAGUUAGCAUUAGCCUUGUUAGCUAACUGUUAGCUAACAUCCCCCGACCAUGAGUUCACCAAGCUACUCGCCUCCUGAUGAAGAGGAGGAGGAGGUCUGCUGGACGGAGAAAGAGGGUCUGUGGCUGAAUGUUGUCGUGAAAGAGGAGAAUCAAGAGGAGGAUGUUACAGUAAAACAAGAAGUAGAAGGUGAGGCUGUUACAGUGAAAGAAGAAGAGAAAGACGUUUCAGUGAAAGAAGAGGAAGACCCGAUCAGAGUGAAAGAAGAAGAAGAGGAGGAUGUGACUGUAAAAGAAGAGGAGGUUGCAGUUUUUGGAGUGAAGGAGGAGAAAGAGGGAGAGAUAACUGUCAUAUUGGAAGAGGAGUCAGGAGAUCUGAUUAACACCAGAGAGAGACUGAACUAUCGUGGAUCCUCCGAGGAGCCUCAACAACCUCGUGACACUGAAGAGGCAGAGACUAGUUUCUCCAGAUCAGAACACCUCAAGAAACACCAGCAGAGACCGUCAGGGAAGAAACCUCACCGCUGCUCUGACUGUGGGAAGAGUUUCACCUCUUCUUCAGAUCUUAAAAUACACCAGAGAAUCCACACAGGAGAGAAACCUUACAGCUGCUCCGACUGUGCAAGGAGUUUUACUACACGUAGCCAGAUGAUAUCUCAUCGGAGAACACACACAGGAGAAAAACCUUUCAGUUGUGAUCGAUGUGGGAAGAGUUUUGCUCAGUCAGGCAACCUGACAAUUCACCAGAGAACACACACGGGUGAGAAACCUUACCACUGCUCUGAAUGUGGAAUGAGUUUUACUACCUCAGGUGGACUGAUAUCACACCAGAGAACACAUACAGGAGAUCAGUGUGGGAAGAGUUUUCCUGCCGCAAGGAACCUGAAUCUAGUUCACCAGAGAGAACACACAGCUGAUCUGACUGUACACCAGAGAAGCUACACUAUAGAGAAACCAUACCGUUGCUCAGACUGUGGGAUGAGUUUUACUACAUCAAGCGGACUGAUAUCACACCAGAGAAUCCACACGGGAGAGAAACUAUACCACUGCUCAGAUUGUGGCAUGAGUUUUGCUGGAUUAGACAAACUGACUAUACACCAGAGGUUACACACAGAGAGGACUUUUAGUUGUGAUCAAUGUGGGAAAAGCUUUGCCGCAGCAACAAACCUGAUAGUUCACCAGAGAACACACACGGGAGAGAGGCCUUAUAGCUGCGAUGAAUGUGGGAAGAGAUUCACUCAGUCGGCACACCUGACUGUACACCAGAGAACUCACACGGGAGAGCAGCCGUAUAGCUGCGAUCAAUGUGGGAAACAUUUUGCUUUGCCAGGAAACCUGACUGUACACAAGAGAACGCACACCGGAGAGAAACCUUACAGCUGUGAUGUAUGUGAGGAUAGUUUCGCCACCUGGACUGCCCUGGCUACACACAAACGAAUCCACACGGGUGAGAAACCGUACCACUGCUCCGACUGUGGAAUGAGCUUCACUUCCUCAAGCGACUUGAGAAGACACCAGAGAAAACACACAGGAGAGAAGCCUUAUAGCUGUGAUCAGUGUGGGAAGAGCUUUAUUCGAUCAGACUCCCUGGCAAAACACAAGAAAAUACAUGCAGGAGAAACACAGAGUGUAGAAUGAUCUCCAACACCAGACCUGGGUAGUAGAACACAGAGUGUAGAAUGAUCUCCAACACCAGACCUGGGUAGUAGAACACAGAGUGUAGAAUGACCUGGGUAGUAGAACACAGAGUGUAGAAUGAUCUCCCAACAACACCAGACCUGGGUAGUAGAACACAGAGUGUAGAAUGAUCUCCAACACCAGACCUGGGUAGUAGAACACAGAGUGUAGAAUGAUCUCCAACACCAGACCUGGGUAGUAGAAUACAGAGUGUAGAAUGAUCUCCAACACCAGACCUGUGUAGACGAACACAGAGUAAUGAUCAAUUUGUAAUCUAACUAUUGAUGUCUUAGUGUUUGUGUUCAACUUGUUUCAUAAUAAUAAUAUAAUUUAUAAUAUUGUAAAAUCCCACAACUUUUGACAGCUCUAAACUCAAAUGAUUUUUAAUUUUGUAAAUGGAACAUUUAUAGAAAAUGUUAUAGAUGGAGGAACAGGACAAUAAAUGUGAUGUUUUGAUGUAGUUGCUCUCCAAAAGCCUGAGGAAGUUCAUGUUGGAAAAGUAGGCAUGAGACAUAUCAUGUAGCCUCGCCUCCAGGUUUCAUUAUUGUAAAUCUGUUUUCAUAGCUACUAUAACAAUCUAGAAUAAACUAAGUGCUCUUUCCAAACAUCCCUAUGACCACAAGACGUUGACAAUACGUCUUACUAACGUAUUGUGCUCACUGGGAUGUACAGUGUUCUACCUGUCAUAUUGUUGUCAUGUUAUGAUCUCUUAUCUUUUUGUCUGUUUGUUUUAUAAAAAUGAACACCAUAGGGUCAGAGACGGGGUGAGAGAGCGAGGGUCAGAGACUGGAGAGAGAGCGAGGGUCAGAGACUGGGGAGAGAGCGAGGGUCAGAGACUGGGGAGAGAGCGAGGGUCAGAGACUGGGGAGAGAGCGAGGGUCAGAGACUGGGGAGAGAGCGAGGGUCAGAGACUGGGGAGAGAGCUAGGGUCAGAGACUGGUGAGAGAGCGAGGGUCAGAGACUGGGGAGAGAGCGAGGGUCAGAGACUGGGGAGAGAGCGAGGGUCAGAGACUGGGGAGAGAGUGAGGGUCAGAGACUGGGGAGAGAGCGAGGGUCAGAGACUGGGGAGAGAGCUAGGGUCAGAGACUGGGGAGAGAGAGCGAGGGUCAGAGACGGGGUGAGAGAGCGAGGUUCAGAGACUGGGGAGAGAGCGAGGGUCAGAGACUGGGGAGAGAGCGAGGGUCAGAGACUGGGGAGAGAGCGAGGGUCAGAGACUGGGGAGAGAGCGAGGGUCAGAGACUGGGGAGAGAGCGAGGGUCAGAGACUGGGGAGAGAGCGAGGGUCAGAGACUGGGGAGAGAGUGAGGGUCAGAGACUGGGGAGAGAGUGAGGGUCAGAGACUGGGGAGAGGGUCAGAGACUGGGGAGAGGGUCAGAGACUGGGGAGAGAGUGAGGGUCAGAGACUGGGGAGAGAGCGAGGGUCAGAGACUGGGGAGAGAGCGAGGGUCAGAGACUGGGGAGAUAGCGAUGGUCAGAGACGGAGGAGAGAGCGAGGGUCAGAGACGGGGGAGAGAGCGAGGGUCAGAGACUGGGGAGAGAGCGAGGGUCAGAGACUGGGGAGAGAGCGAGGGUCAGAGACUGGGGAGAGAGCGAGGGUCAGAGACUGGGGAGAGAGCGAGGGUCAGAGACUUGGGAGAGAGCGAGGGUCAGAGACUGGGGAGAGAGCGAGGGUCAGAGACUGGGGAGAGAGCGAGGGUCAGAGACUUGGGAGAGAGCGAGGGUCAGAGACUUGGGAGAGAGCGAGGGUCAGAGACUGGGGAGAGAGCGAGGGUCAGAGACUGGGGAGAGAGCGAGGGUCAGAGACUGGGGAGAGAGCGAGGGUCAGAGAGAGAGAGCGAGGGUCAGAGAGGGAGAGCGAGGGUCAGAGAGGGAGAGCGAGGGUCAGAGAGGGAGAGCGAGGGUCAGAGAGGGAGAGCGAGGGUCAGAGAGGGAGAGCGAGGGUCAGAGAGGGAGAGCGAGGGUCAGAGAGCGAGGGUCGGAGAGCGAGGGAGGAAAAGUAUUGUCAUGUUUUGUUGAUUUUCAGAAUGCUUUUGAUCCAUGAUGGAUUAUAUAGUUUUUUAAACUCCAAUGUGACGUUGGGGGUAAAGUAUCAUCAGAUAUAUUUACUCAAACAACAGCAAUACUAUUAUUUCUUUUGAAUCUUUUUGUUUUUUAUAUCGGAUAAACGCUCCAAACAUCCCUAUGAGCAACAAGUGUUUUUGGUUGAAUACUUUCUGCCACUAAAUGUCAUAUUGUUGUCAGGUUAUGAUCUCUUGCCUUUUUGUCUGUUUGAAAUUGACACCACAUAUACAUGUUAUGAUCUGCCUUCUCGUCUACUGUUUUAAAUUAACACCAUUUAUACAUCAUGGA